AUGUUUUCCAAUCGCGACACCCUAGGCUAUGGAUCCAUCGAAGUUCGCCAUCCAAGGGGGGAUGAGGGCCACCACGAACUCGAAGUUGACGCUGAUUCUCUUUCGGAGAAGUCGGUGGACAACCACAGAAACUCUCUAACGUCUACUCGCAGACUGCUCGGGAUUGUCGGUGGGGUAUGCCUUUUGUCCAUAGUGUAUUCGGUGGCAAUUCGGGGCCAUGGAAAAGUCACCAGUGGUGGCGUGCACUACGAUGGGACAAUGGUAGACGAACCUUUCUACUACAAGGAGCAGACUCUUGACCACUUUACCCCCAACAAAGACGAAGCCCCUUGGGCUCAACGAUACUACCAAGACGACAAGUACUUCGCUGGUCCCGGUCAUCCUAUUUUUGUUAUUAUGGGAGGUGAAGAUGCUGUCAACGGUAUAUUGUACCCAUUUGUUUCCAAGCAUCUGGCAAAGCGAUUCCGCGCCCACACCCUUUGUCUCGAACACCGUUUCUACGGCAAAUCUAAACCUCUAAAGCAUCCCUCCACUGCCGAUUUGCGACGUCUCUUGUCGCCAGCUCAGGCUUUGGCUGAUGCAGUACAAUUUAUUGAAUACAAACGGAAACAGCUGGGUUGCGGAAACAAGGGUACCAAGUCCUACUGCCCCGUCGUAACGGUCGGCGGAUCAUACCCAGGCUUUCUUUCAGCACUGUUGCGCAUUGUGUAUCCAGAUGUGGUCGAUAUUGGUUACGCUAGCUCGGCACCCCUCCACCUGUAUUCGCACCGUGUCAACAAAGCCGCAUAUUUUGAAAAGGUCACCCAAGUGGCUGAACAGGCCUCGCGAGGAUGCGCGGGGGCCGUUAAAAAUGCCUUGAUGGACGUGACCGAGAAGCUUCUGGCGUCCAAGCGCUCGGUUGCGGAAGUGGCUUUCGAUCUUGGCGUCUGCGUAGCAACAGUACCAGACUACAUCAUGGACAACGAAAUUUUUCAACAAGAAAUUAUGAUGGUGGUUUCAACGCACUUCGCGGAAUACAAUAUGGGAUACUACCCUCCCGGGCCUGACCAGGAUUUGGUGCAAGGCUGUCUUAUCUUCCAAGAUACUAAAUCGUCAUCCGAGCAGAAAGUCAGCAACUUUUUGCGGCUGCGAGAAGAUUUCGAUGAAUGCUUUGAUAUGCAAACGGAAUUGCCACCAGGUCCCAAUGGUACCAUUUCAGCAUCUGACUGGUCAGGUGUUGGGGAUGGCCAUUCCGGUUACAUGUGGGACUUUCAAUCGUGUACUCUCUUGCCUGAAUGUGGUAUGUCGGAUGCUAGUAUGUUCCCGCCUCGGCCAUGGACGAUCGAAUGGGAAACCCAGCACUGCCAAGUUCGCUUCGGGGUAGAACCGAACUUGCGCCAACUAGUGGACGAGUUUGGCUUUGCAGAUUUGUCCAAUGUUACUCACCUUCUUUUCACUAACGGAAUCAAUGAUGGAUGGAGCGUUGCCUCUAUCUUGACAGACUUGUCAGAAUCUGUCAAGGCAAUCAAUUUUGUAAACGGUGCUCACCACAGCGAUUUGAGCCAUGUGGACCUUUCGGAACACGACACGGAAGAUAUAAAGGCCGGACAUGCUGCUAUCAGCGACUUACUACAUGAUUGGCUCAAUAGUGUGUGA